AUGGACUGGAUGGGUAAAUGGAUUUUUGGUUUUUGGCGCAACGUUGGCUACCCGUCCAGUCUUGAAGCCGAACUAUGGGGCAUGCGAGAUGGAUUUAAACUUUCCCUUGACCUGAAUCUCACAGGAAUAGAAGUUGAAACAGACACAACCAUCAUGAAAAAUCUCAUUCUUGGUAACUCCAACAAUUGUCAUCAACUUAGCAAUCUAAUUCAUGAAUGUAGGUACCUCCUGGACCCACUCGGAACCUUGACUAUUAGCCAUACAUAUCAUGAAGGAAAUAAAUGCCUGGACUUGCUUGCCAAUGAAGGAUUUAAUCACAAGGGUCUACUUAUUUUCUCUUCUAUUCCUAACUGUAUUUCAUUUCAAGUAUUUGAAGACACUGGGGAAGAUUCAGAUCUUGAUGCUGAAAAGAAAUCAGGCGACCCAACUGGCAAAGUUGUGAAAGUAAUUGACUCAUUGAUAAAUUUAAUUAUAUUUUUUUGUUGCAAUGACCUUAAUAAUUCUUAA